GUCGAGUUUAGUAGAGUUGCAAAGCAAGAAGAUUCAGAAGAAGUUUUAGAAGAAGAAGAAGAAGAAGAUGAGCGAGACAAGGCCAGUGCCGAGGAGAGAGAGUCCAUGGGGAGUGACAGGAGAUAAUCAUCCUGAACCCAAAGCUCACCGAUGCAAUGACCGUCUUGAGGAUAUUAUUCAGGCUUGCUUUGAGGGAAACCCAUUCAAGACUGUUCCAGGACCUUUCAAGCUCUUCUGGCAGUGCAUGCGUUCUAAACCUGGGGAGGAACCAACCGAGCCAUUUACCUACCUGGAUUUUGAUCCUCCAAAGAGAGAGUCAAAACCUGUGAAACCUGAGUAGUGCCACUUCUACAAAGUCCUUCAGAACAGAUUUGGCAGCACUGCAUGGAAUUUUUGUGGUUUCAACUUUUCCCUUCGCGUGAAUGGUUUAUGUGACGAUAAUAUGUAAUUAAAUUGUUUUUUGUUGCUUAUUUCGCCAUGCAAACUAGACGUCCCAUACAUCUUUCGUUCUGGACUUCGAUGUUGCUUGCCCAAUAAAACAUGACCAGGUGCAUUCUUGAAUAACUUCCUUAAUUAUCUAUUGAUUACUUGUUUAAUGUUAUAAACGCCAUUAAUCAAAUGCUUGCUGGAUUAGUUUUUGGGUUUCACUAAUUCAAAGUCUUAGUUACUUCUUAUUCUACUG